AUGCUAGCAGAAAAAUCGCAACAAGGGAUCGCGAAGUACUGUAGCACCGCGAACGAAAUGGCACAGAAAUGCUUGAAAUCACGCCUAAGGAAAGUGGAUUUAUGCUUGAACAAGCUCGGAAUGGAGGUCAUUGCAAUUGUUGGUCUUCAACGUGGAAUUUCUAGUAAGCGCGAGUCAUCAGCUCGUGUUGACUACGUCUCUGCCCUUUGUACACACCGCCCGUUGCUCCUACCGAUUGAAUGGUCCGGUGAAGUGUUCGGAUAG